UAAGAUUGGUAAAGGUGAUCGGUCGUGUCUUCUUUAAGAGUGACAAACGUGUGCACUGUUGCUAAGAAAACGUUGCAAACGAAUUUCAGAAAGAUAAAAAUUCAAAAAUUUCAGUCACCUCUAUCGGUUUGAGUGUAAAAAUCAUAGAAAACCAAUAAGUUGUAAGAUUUUAACUGGAUGUGAUUCAGUCAUAUUGGGUCUCUAUAAUAGUCACUUCAGGAGGAAUCUUCAAUCUCACUGCCUCAGAUUACAAAAGCAUUCAACCUGAAAAUGCAUCAUCAGUCAAAACCAUCGUUUUUGUCUAUUCGGGAUAUUAUUGGCGAUGAUGCCACAAAUAAUGCAACUGUGGAUGAUGGUCACUGACACCAACGUAGGGUCACCUGUAGACCAAGAUGAAGGACAAGCAUUGAAGACAGAUGAAGAAGCCGAGAAAUCGCAACCCUUGAAAUCCCUUCCUCGCCAAAAGCAGCCUCGCCUUCUUUCACGGACAAUGGCGUCGAAGAGGAGGAGGAAGAGGAGGAUGAAAAGCCAUCCCCGCCACUGCAACCACUUCCCUCCGACUGCUUCAUCCCAUGUCGUCGUCCGGCUUUCAAAACGGGUUUUCUCCCUUUGACUCCAUAUCGCGUCCAUACUACCCUCCGUAUUCCGCAAGUCUCGGCCAGACCGGGUGGAUGUACCAGUCUCUUUACCAAAGACAUUUAAUGAUUGAAGCACAGAAGAGCUCAGCCCGUCGUCAGCGCCGUGUAGUUGUCGACAGGAAACCGAGGCAGGCAUACUCUUCUACACAGCUUGAACGACUUGAGGAGGAAUUUAAGAAAGACAGAUACCUCAGUGUCAGUAAACGUGUAGAGCUUUCAAAAGACCUCAGCUUGACAGAGACGCAGAUAAAAACGUGGUUCCAGAACAGAAGGACAAAGUGGAAGAAGCAAAUGGCAAUGAAGCUGAAAAGGGAAGGGUUCAGCGCCGCCCAUCUGUGGAACCCCUUGUCAAUCAUGCCUCCAAGCCACACCUACUUUCUUUCCGCAAACCCUUGUUUGGUCAACUUUGACAGGCCAUUCAUCUAACACUUAAUUACCUGGAAGUUAUCGGGGUUUCUAAUUUUCUGCUCCGAUAGAUCUGUAUCGGGUGAGAAGAAACCACACACCUAGGAGUGAAUAAAGAGUCACAGCCAGUGGCCUGGAGCAAAAAGUCUUCGUGUACAAUGGUGAUUGUGCAGGGACUCACGUGACCA